AUGUUACACAUCGUGAGCGCUUCGUCGCCAGUGCCGUCGGAGAUUUUCGCGUUUCUCGCGCUACUCUCUGUCUCCGUCGUUGUCCUCUUGAUUCUUCGCCACUACCUCCCUCUGCGGACGACACCGGCUUUCUACCUGGUACCCAUCUUCUUUGCGUUAUGGCUGCCCGCGUGCAUCGUCCUUCUUGUCCCCAUCGACCUCGCUUCGAGUGCGAGAACCGACGACGAGGCCACUCGCGGCGUCUGGCUUCCCCAGCGGGUUUUGUUGGUAUCGUGGAGGAUCUCGUACUGGCUCACCUUCGCCCUGACAUGGUUUAUUUUACCCAUCCUCGGCGAGUACUCCGACUCUGGCUACCGUGAGCCCAAAGACAGCCUCAUGUAUUCGCUCCGACAAAACGCGCAGUACCAUAUCAUGGUCCUGGGCACAGCUGGCAUCGGCCUCGCAUAUCUUUUCAUUACAUACAACCCAAGUCUCACGGCGAUCAAGACUUCCUUCAUGGCCCUUGCCUAUUUUUACGGCUUAGUGUUCGCUAUCUAUUUGAUGGGUCACGGCCUAGUUUCAAUUCCCCGACGACUAUUUCGAUACUCCUCAAUCAGUGGAAGACUGCGAAGAUUACAGACUCGUGCGCCCAAGUUGUACGAGAAGAUGGAGGACUCUCUGUUAAACCUGGAGGAUGUUGAAUUGCAGGUGUCGGAGCUUGGCCGCCGAAAGACAGGAAGUGCUGUCAAGUUCUCGGAGUGGAUCGACGAACUAGUCGAGACCGCCAACCUUCCCGAAUCGCAUCCUAGAUCAUCGACAUUAGGCGUCUCUGCUGAGAGCCGGAACUUGCCAACAGUUAUUACGGAGAAGUUCAUGGCGGAUUUGACGAGGAAGUUGAUGCGGGCCCGGCAUGCGCGGUCACGUUACGUCAACGAGUGGAACGACCUACUGAAGGAGGCAUCUGAAACACAGGCCAUCUUGGACUCGGCUGCUUCGAAGAAACUUGAAUCUGAUGCCCCGUCACCCCACGGCGGAUUCUGGGAUCGCUUUACUGUUCACACGCCUUACACCCGGUACCUGUACUAUUACCACGUUGAACCGUACGCCAGCAUCGCCCUGGGCGCCUUUCUUGCGGCAGCAUCGGCUUUGAUCAUCUGGUCCGAAGUGAUCAAGGCUGCGUUCCCCCAGUUAUCCGUCAUCCGUCUUACUGUUGUCCAUCACUGGGUGGGCGAAAAGGGCCAGGUUGGCUUCGCCGGCCAGGUAAUCUCCGUCUUCUGGCUUCUGUACAUGUGUGCAGCUACCUUCAUCACAAUGACAGAAGUGAAGACAUGGAGAGGACGCGCGCUUGUAAGGCGCAACACGGCGUACGAGUCGGCCUUCUGGUAUGCCGGCCAGGUUGCCAAGCUCAGCGUUCCCCUGUCUUACAACUUUAUGACGUUCUUGUCGAGUACCAUUUACAAGAAGACAAGGUUUUACGACUUUCUCGGACGACUUAUCGACUUCUCGUCUAUAAGUCGCUGGGCCGACUAUCUCUUCCCUAUCUUUGUGCUCGUCCCUGUGGUCGCUACGCUUUUCGGCUUGUACGGAAAGAUCAAGCGAAUGUUUGGCUUCGGUGGCGACUUCAUCGACGAGGACGAAGGCGAUGGCCGAAUCUUUGGCACUGGAUCUUGGCGUGAAGGCCGGGACUUGAUCGAGCGCGAGCUGGGCGGCAACUCUGCCUUGCGACGGCGCGAGGAGGCCUUCGCGCGACUAGAAGGGGCUGGAAGGUCUGCACCUGUUCUAACCAUCCCCGGCGGACGUAGUGGCGCCGCAGCUUCUCCCGCGAGAUCUCCAACUCGAGCUACACAAGGCCGCCGGCCAGGACAGCCGUCACGCACGACACCAUACCGUGAUGAAGAACCUGAGGAAGAGAACUUCUUCGAAUCGCUCGGGCAUCGCAUGAAGAACACGAUUGACACGUUUGAGCCUCCUCAGUGGUUUCAGGAUAUCAAAAAGCCCAAAUGGAUGGGUGGCGAUGAUGAUGAACCAGGCAGCGGCAGCGGUGGUGUAGGCGGUGGCGUGGAGUCUGACAUUCGCCGAUGGUUCGGCGGCGAGGGACGUGUCAGGCUGUAA